AUGUGCAGAGAGGUGACUACUCUGUCGAGAGAAGGUGUGGCAGGUCUCAAGUCCAAUCCGCUGAUUUACCGGGUUCUCGAAGUUCUUGGGGCAAAGAAAAACUCAACCCAAAUAAUAUGUGACGCUUGUGGGGACAGCGAAUCACCUCUGACAACCUACUGCCGAGACUGUCUCCAUUUCAUCUGUGACUCCUGUGCUUCUUCUCAUGCUAAAAUGAAACUCUUGAUGAAAGAUCACCGUACAGUUCCCCUGGACAAGAUUGAGAACGGGACUAUCAAAAUCAAGUGGAUGGAAGAGGGCUUGUGGAGAAAGGCACACGAGUGCGAAGAGCAUGGCGGUGAACUGCGAAGGUUCUACUGCAGGACAUGCAAGAAACGUAUCUGCAGGGACUGUAUCGUUCUCGACCAUACCAAACCUGACCAUGACUGCACCACAGUGCAGAAGAUGUUCCAGGGAACAAAGGAGAAGUUACAAGAUCGUCUGAAAAGCUGCGAGGAAAAGGAGGAACAUGUGAGCACCAUGUUAAAUGACGUGGAUGUACAAAAAACAGAAGCAAAUCAGAAGUUUCAUAAGAUGAAAGAAAGUAUUCGGGACCAGAAGUCAAAGGCUGUUGACAAUUUGGAUAAAGCAGAGGAAGAACUUUUGCGGAAGGUUAACGAGUUGGAGGAAAAGCUUAACGUCAAACUACAAGCUUUCAGAGACAACAUGAACACAACAAAAGAAAAUCUCACGAGGGCGCAAUCAAAGGCUAAAGAGGUUGUUUCGGCAAAAGAGGUUACUGACAUAUCUAGAGGUCCGUUCUUACCUGAAGAUGUUCUCAAAGAACUCGAAGAAUUGAUCGCGUCAGAUGUCACUAUGACAAUUUCUAUGGAUCUCGUGGCUUUGAAAUCUACCAUGAUAGAAGGAUCGAAGAUGCCAGAGCAAAUGGCGCGCUUUGCCAAGCUGUCGUUGUCGCGUAUUUGGCGAGAGACUCAGAUGAUUCCGAUUCCUGAUAAAGACAUUGUGAAAAUUUUCUCCGAUGGAAAGGUAAUGUACGUUGCUUGCAAGAAGGUGAUUUACAAGAAACUGUUGUCUAACGAAGCCAACCCGGCCACUUGGAUGAAGCUUCAACUUAAUGCAAGCAUCAAACAGGUGGUAGAUGUGGCCAUAUCAAUGAAGGACCAAGCCUUCUCUUUCAUUGCUGAUACCGACGCAGCUUGCACGCAACUCUACAGGUUCAAACUGGAUUAUUUCCCAACAUCUGAUGAACACACAACGGUCCCACCAUUUCCUCUGAAUCCCAGUGCAAGACUCACUGUUGAUUCCCAGUCCCUCAUCGUCGUUGCCGAUAACAAGCCAGCCAUAUCAAGUUCAAGUCAAGCAACCCCAUCAGGGUCCGAACCGGUCAGCGAAACAAAACAGAAAAAAACGACAUCAUCUGCGAUAAAUGUGAAUGCACCACCUUUCUCUCCGGUUGUUAAAGGUAACUCAAAUAAGAGACCAAUGGCAGCGGCUGGUGGUGGAUUUACCUUUGGUAUGACACUGCCUCAACAGCAACCCUGCUUCACUGGCACAACCUCCAACUCUCAGACAGUAUCUGCUUUCGGCAGUGCCAAGUCUCCAAGCAAGGCAGAAGGCACCCUCUCUCCUUCGGAUUCGAAAGGAAAGGAAACAAGACCGGAAAUCCCAAAAGCAGUAUCAGACAUCUUCACAAUAUCCACGAAAAUCUAUAGGGAAAAAACUGAGAAAAGCUCGUCUCAGUUAUCUUCAGAUAAUUUCGAGGUUCCACUCGAUAGGGUUAGAAGUCUUGCUGCGGCGAAGACAGGCCAGUUGGUGUUCCUGCGCGGGGACAAGAAAGCCGUCAUCAUCACUGACAAAGACGGGAGAGUCCAGCAUGAAAUCAAGGAGCCUGGUAGGAUGUACUUGUCCAUCUCCUGCACAGAGAGUGACGCCCUCUACGUUCUGUCCGCCUUCUGGGGCAGCCACAUCGUCACGCUCGCCAAGCAUUCCUUGGAAGAUGGUGGUCCCCUCGAGUACAUCAUCGACGAGCUCGACGUGUCGGCAGACUUCCAGUCAGACGAGUGGCCAGUCAUUGGUAACUAUGGGAACGACCUCGUGAUCAUGCACACGGGGGAUGGAAUUCGUGUCUACUCGGCGGAAGAUUGGGAUAUAUUAGAUGACAAAGACGUCAGUGGCCAAGAUCAGGAUGACGAUAAGGAGGAGGAUGUUUAAGGUGAUGAAUAAGGAUUCCUGGUAAUCGUCAGAAGAGGUGAUAUCUCUUUCAAAGAACAAAUAACAUUUGUGGAUUUUUUUUCUUUAACUUGAAGAUCUAUUAUUCUGUACUUUGAGGGUCUGUAAAUACAGCAAAGGAGUAUCACGUGCCUUUAAUGAUACCAAAGUGAUAUCAAUGACCAUCCAUUUUCUCAAAGUGUGAUUAGUUUGAUAGUGCGAAUGUAAAUCAUUGUAAAAAUAGAUGUAUAUUUCAUUUUAAAAAUACUGUGAAAAAAAGGUAAUGGUGACAAUCAUUUCAAUUUUCACACGUGAUGCAUUUAUGUUAGUCUUUCAUAUAUAAAAUGAGCUGAAAAAUGUUCAGGCUUAUGAUGUUUAUAAAUGCUGAUACUGCCAUUGAAAAAUGGUUGCUUGAUAAUGUUGUAGUAAAUAGUUUUUUUUUUAAAUCAUGUUAGCCUGC